AUGGGGGAAAGUCAAGACCCCCAUGCAGUAGCAGAGGAGCCCAUGCCAGACGUGGCUCAUCAGGAAACCGAAGACCCAUGCAGUCAAGUAAGUGGUUUACCUCACAUCCCUCAAAAUUGGUCAGAUAUAACCUCAAACAUAUAUGAGAAAAUAAGGGUUUGGCUGCACUCACCUAAACAUGCUAAAUUAGGGUGCUGCUGGGGGCCAAUAAGUACAGUAAAAAUGAAAAUCCAGCGCACUCGCUUAUCUACUAAACAGUCAUUUUAGUGCUGAACAAUUUUUGGGAUUUAUUAAAAACACCUAAUCUAGGCAAAAUAAUAAUGGGGGUUUAGUUACAGUAUAUGAUCAUACAUUGCAUAAGCCACAACGUCAAUGUACCCCAUCUUUGGCAGGUCCUACUCUGUCUGCUAAAUGAGCUACUCACUUGGGGAAAUCCUUCCAUCUCGAGUUCUCUGCAGUAAAAUGCUUAAAUAGGUGCACUAGUAGCUCAUUUAGCAGACAGAGUAGGACCUGCCAAAGAUAGGGUACAUUGACGUUGUGGCAGGCUUAUGCAAUGUAUGAUCAUAUACUGUUCAAUUCAGUUUCCUUUCCAGAGUCAAGCUCUGGGCAGAGAGGUAAAUCCAGUUCUAUAUUCCUCUCUUUCCCAGGCAUUAGCUCAGGGAAAAAUAGAAUUGGUAGAUUUGUCAAUUUCAGGUUGGAUCAGCCCCUUGUUCCCUAUUCCAAAAUCAGAUGGCACAUGGAGACCAGUUCUAAAUGUCCAGGGUGAAUUGGUUGAAUGCUUUCCUAAAGAGGAAAAGGUUCAGGAUGGAAGGUUUAAUGGACCUCCCAGGCCUAGUGUAAAAUGUCUUCUGCGUAAAAUUAGACCUCAAAGAGGCUUUCCAUUCAGUUCCUAUCGCUAUGAAACACAGGCGCUUUCUCAGAUUCCGCUGGAAAGAACAGAUAUAUCACUGGACUGUAAUGGUGUUUGGCCUAUCCAACGCACCUUACACAUUUUCCAGGAUAAUGAAAGCUAUUAUAUCCCACGUCAGGCAAAGAGGAUUUCUAUGCCUUUGUUACUUAGCCGACAGAUUUACAAAUUUGUAACCAGGACUUGGGCAAAAAGAGCUUGGAAGAUGGAUGAGAUGUCCUUCCAAUGGACAGACAUUCCGGGCCUUUAUGCUUUUCCUCCUCCAUCUAUUCUGAUGAAGGUGUUAGAGAAACUUCGCAGGGACAGGGUAACCAAUCUGGUUUUAGUGUACCCCAUUUGGACCUCCAGACCAUGGUACCCCCUGAUCCAACCUCUAAUCAGGAGACAAAAGGUUCCAUUAGGCUGGACAGCAGAUUGCUUCCUAGGGACCAGGGAUCUCUUAACCAAGCUCCCCACACUUAUGUGGAUGGCAGCCCUGUCUGACUGGGUUUUAGACAUAGUUAAUUCUUCAUUAUGGUGCAGGACCAGGGUAAGAUACAAACAGAUGAUCGAGGAAUUUAAAGCAUGGGAAAUUUCCUUUAAUUCCCUUUCCAAUGAAUCUGACACAAUUCCCUUAGCUUUGGAAUUCCUCACGCUCAAAUAUCAUUCAGGGUUAGCAGACAGUACGAUUAAGACCUAUGGUUCUGCAUUAAAUUUUCUAAUCCAUAAUCUGACCCAAGAUGCCCUUUACCUCAGGUUACUCAAAGGGCUAUCAGUCUGCCGGCCUUUUUUCUUCCAAGAUACACUUCCACUUGGGAUGUGGACCUUUUUAUUAAACUACCUUAAUUCUUUGGACAAUGACCAGAUUGACUUAAAAUGGACGGUGAUUAAAUUGGCAUCCCUUCUAGCUUUAGCUCUGGCAGCUAGAGGCUCAGAAUUAACCCAGCUAAAUAUUGUCGAACCAUGGUUGUCUCGAACUCCUGGGGGAUUCCAUGUCAUCCUUAAAGGGAGACAGAAGACUUCCCAUAUUUUCCCGGGUCCUGUAGAACUAGAUUUGGUGCAGGAUUCUGCUGAGCGAGUUUAUGCUUAG